AUGAAAAUUAAGGGGCUUGGAUAUGCAAUAUUCAACACUUAUCAGUAUCACUUGUCUGAGAAGUUCAAAGUCCUGCAUAUCCAGAGUUAUGAUGGGACUGGGGAUCCGGUCAAGCAUCUGGAGAACUUCUGGGUCCACCUCACCCUUCACAGUACCCCAGACGAAGUCACUUGCCAGGCGUUCCCAUUGACCUUAAUUGGGAAUGCCCGGGAUUGGUUCAGAAGGCUACCCUUGGGAUCCAUCGACUCGUUUGAAGGACAGGGCAGAGAAUUCUUGGGGCAAUUCAUGGUAGCCCGAAUGCAUAAGAAACCCUCAGGGUACUUGCUCACACUGCAACAAAAGAGUGAAGAGACUCUUAAAGAUUUUGUGGCCUGCUUCAACAUGGAAAAGAUGGCGAUGGAGGAUCCGAUCGACGAUAUGGUUUACACAGCCCUCUAUCAGGGGUUGUCGCUGGAGGAACCGUUGAUGAAGAAACUGACUAGGAAACAGUCGGCUACCUUGGAAGGACUUAUGGAUAAAGUGGAAGAGUUCAUCAACCCGGAGGAGACCCUCAAGGCGAUGAUCAGCAUAAGGAGGCCUCAAGAAUCAGCCUUGGACAAGAAGAAGGAAGCAAAGAAAGCAGGUAAGGAGGAGUUGAAGCCGGUCAAGAGAUUCGCAGAUUACAACUUCACUUCCAUCAAUGCGAGAGCAGCCGUAGUUCUCACCAUGAUGAAGGGAGACCCAGAGUGUCGUUGGCCUCCGAAGAUAACAAGGACUUCCUCUCCCCGUAAUAAGGAUAAGUAUUACGAAUACCAUGCAGCAACGGGCCACACUACCGAGGAGUAUAUCCUAGCAGGCGAAUGA